UUGAAACCGGCAAAACACGAAGACGUGAGCGCGGACUGUCGCGGACUGAGACUUUGCCGGCUAAACACACCUUUCGAACGACGCGUAACGGUGGCCGGGCCAUAAAAUCGCCAUAAUCACGGGCAAUUCGAGUGCGACGUGCUAAUUAUGCAAGGCUGAGAACUAGCCAAAAAAUUAAGAAAAAAAUAAAGGGGCCCAAUAAACCAGUUAAGUUAAACUAGUUUGUGAGUGCGUGUGAAAAAGGCCAAGGAAUUUGGCCGAAAGUAGACAAUAGCUAGGAGGCUGCGAUUGCGACUGCGGAGGAUUCAACUCCAGAAGUUGUCCGACCAGUUUUCGGGCCUCUGUGUGCGUGUGUGUUUGGAUUAUUCGGAAUACCUUUUUUUGUGUGUUUGGUAUCGCAGUCGGUGCCUGCAAAACGGAACGAAUGAGUUGGAGCAGCUAGUGGCCGCCAGAGACACCGAGAGAGAUGCCCUUCGUCCAGCGCGUGGUGCAGCCCGUCAAUGUGGCCCAGGCCACGGCGGCCAGUUUGGGCCACGCCUCCGGCCGUUUCCACUGUUCGCCGGGAAAGUGCCGGAACAACAACUGCAUUAACAAGCAGUCGCCGGACGGUGAUGUCACGAAUGGCCACGGUUCCCCCACAUCCCUCACCAGGGUGCUGGUUCACCAGGCAGCGACACCGGCUGAGGAGCAGCCUGUGCCUCCCGCUUCGGCGCCCAUGAAGAAACUGAAGCAGCAUGUCGAGUUCCUGUUUACAUCGCCCACUCGCCAUCAAUCGCAAUCCCUGCCCAAUUCCCGGCAUCCCAGCCAGCAAAGACCAACGCUGGCAAGGAUCGCCAGUGCGCCACAGUCGCCCACCGCCGGCUCCUCAAAGGUCAUUUCUGGCCACGAGUUCGAUUCGAUUAGCAACAUCACGCUGAGCAAUGCCUUGAGGCAGCUGGCCAGUUUGGUACUAAUAGCCAGCGACAUUUUCGACGACCUGCAGCGGGAUCUGCAGGCGGUGGGCGAGCGGGCAGGUCGGGUGCAGCGAAAGAUUGCGGCCGUGGAGCGACGCGUUUGUGCCUACGAUCCGAAAACGGUCACAGUUCCUGAAAGCGACCUGCUAACCUUUGCACAGCGCAAACAGCACUUCGUGACGGACAAGUCAUUCCAGCAGGAGCUCUUCACCGGUGAUUCUCGACCGCUGAGCGUUCGCCAGCUUUACACGGAGGCUGGAAAGGAGCUGCCGGUGGCGGCCGGAGCCACUGCCACUGCCCUCGCCUCCUUGGCCCACUCCCAGUCACUAAUCCCGUCCCGCUCCAUCUCCUUUAAUGGUGAGGUGCUGUCCAGCGAUCACGAAGUCCUGCAAUUAAAUGGAUCUGCGGGCACGGAGGAUCAACUGCUGUGCGUGUCGGAGUUUGGCAAUGCCAACCGCAAGCUGCGCACGCGCAUCGAUGCCGAGAUCGAAAUCCGUUUGCCCGCUGCUAUCGAGGAUCUGCGGAAAUGGACAUCCAGCGAGGCGCUGGGUGAUGUCACCGUCACGCCGGAUUGUAUGCAUCAUGUGGACACCUCGGUUAGCACCUCGCUGGUAAUCGGCGAGAAUGGUAUCCUUACACCGGCCCUAUCACCGUCCGUCCUCUCAGCCGAUGCAGUCGAUGCUCUUUAUUCCCAGAAUAUUAGCCAGGCGGCGGACAGCUCCAGGCAUAAUCACCAUACGCAGGCCCUCAUCCCGAACGAUAUCAAUAAAGAUGUGCCUUUGAACCAUCGCUUGCCUUCACCCGAGGAACAAACCAAACAGAUUGCCUUAAAAUACCCCGCCGAAGUGAUUUCGGUGAAUACCAGCGGGAAGCACUUCCAGCGGAUGUGUGCGGCUCGUAAGUCCACCAGUGGGGGUUACGCGGGCGGUACCACUGCCGGAUCCUCGAGCAGCACAUCGCCGGAGAACGCUGGCCAAGUAGACGGCAACAACCUGGACGACAAUGUGCAGACUGUCAGCCGGAGGUCAAGAUCACGGAAAGUGCGAGGCAAACGGCGGAACACGAUAGCCGGAAUCGACCAGAAGGAGAUCCAGGAUGCGGCCAAUGGCAAUGGGGAGUCCAAGAAUGCCUCGAAUGCCACCUCUCCGGUGGCCCCAGCUCAUCAGGCCGAGUCCACCUCGACGGAUGCCAAGAAGUCCAAGAAGUUCGGACGCAGCAAGUCCAGCGACAUCUUAAAAAAGGAAUCUGCUGCCUUGCCCUACGACAAAGGCAAGAACACCCUUACCAGGCUGAACUCCCUGAAGCAAUGGGGUCGCAAUCGAUUCAAGUUCAUGCAUCGCACUGGCGAACUGGUCGACCAGUUGGACACCAGUGGCUGCAGUUCCCAGAACAGUUCUGCGGAGAAAGCGGACAGCCAUCAUGGAAUGCCAGCGGGCGAGAGUCCCAAGCGCGACAUCGACGAAGAGUGUGUGGUGCAUCAUUUAGUGGCCCAGAAGAGUGAAUCUCGGUUUUCGCACGAACGAAAGCCCUCGUAUUCCUCUUCGGAGAAGAGCAUGAGUGUUUCCAGCAGUGGCCAGCUCAGAGGCAGGCUACAGCUGUCGUCUGUUUCCGGACCGCUUUCUGCGGCACAUGUAAAGAUGCGGGAAACAGCCACCUUGAACAGGCAGCGACGAAAUGGUCUCCAUGCUCUGGCUGGCAAGGAAGAACAGCCACAUUCCUCUAGUGGCAACUGGAGUGCCAGCUCGGAAUCGGGACGUGCCUCCAUUGGCAGCGAGAUCACCAUGCAGCCAAAGUCGAGUGCCUCUAGUACAUCCCUUAAUGUGUCCAGUUUCCAGCCGGGUGCAGGUAGCGGACCUCCAUCGUCCAUGUUGAGCAGAAGGCGUUUUCUGAACACUUCCGCCUCCAGCAGUGUGACUAGUGAAGGCACUGCCACCCCGGAACUUCAGGCGGAGGCGGGUGCCUAUCCGGGUCACCUUGAUGAUGAGACGAGUUCCGCUUACAGCUGCGACACUGAGGGUUACUACACUUCCUUCCAUAUGGACAGCGGAUUACGCACACUAAAGGAAGAGGAGCCUUCGCCAAUGCCUGGAACCCCACUCCAGACGAGCUUACACACCAGCAGCUACUCCUUCGGUAGUCAGUCCAACCAAACGGUGCUCAAUGCGGAGAAUGAGUAUGAGCUAUUUGGCAGAGGAUCCACAUCCACCACAACCAGUUCGGCUGGUACAGUGUGCACAGCUUUGAUGAGUGGAGCCACAUCUGGGCCAGAUGUACCCGAGCGGAGCAGCUCACUGGGCAAGCACAGUGGUCAGAGUCGGAGCCAGAGCACCAGUGCCAGUAGCAGCACUCUGGAGAGGAGUUAUAGCAGCAGUACCAUUGGAAGCACCCUGGAGAGAACAGGUACCAUCAAGAGGAAUGUAAAGAUGUCACCAACCAAGGGAGAGGUAUUGGAAAAAGAGGGUCAGCAAGAGCAAGAUCAGCAGCAGCAACUGGAGUUCUCUGAGAGCUCUGAUCUGGAGGGCGUGGAGCGCAUUGAGCGGAUCAAGCAAAAGACGGCUAUUAGCUCCAAGAGAAUACCGUCCAUGUGCAUCAUUACACCCACUACCAGUGACGACGAUGAGCACCAGGCCAUGGAUCCAAAUCGCACACUGACCAGCCUGACUAUCGAGGUGGACCAGGAGGAUCAGGACGAUGAUGAGCCUGAGCAAAAGACGCCCACGAACAGCAAGGACCACAACCUAAACGAGCUUAAACAGACGCCCACGAAAGCGCUGAGCGGAAUGUUUGAGAAACUAAGGGUGAAACUGGUUCCGGGCAAAAGCUCUCCGUCCAAGAAUCAAAUCCAGCCGAAGCCCGCCAACGCGAGUGCCGUGAAUGACGACGAGCUUUACGAUUUAGCCGGCGAGUACGUCACCAUAGCAGACAUUAGCAACAACAACAAUAACAAGAACAACAACCGACGUAACACGGGAAUGGGUAUAUACUAUUCCAAUGACAUAGUUUCAAAGAGGGUUGAACCCUCGUCUGCCAUUGUUUCCGAGUAUGUUUCGCUGAACGAACUGCCUCAGCACUUGCGUCGGCAUGCGGUCUCGUCUAGAUCUUCUCCGCGAGCGGAGAGCGAGUCCUGCGCACAACAACAGCUGCCUGCUGAGCCGGCAGCUGCGACAGCCCAACCACCACCCAUCGGCAGCAGGAUUAAAUGUCAAUCCACGGGGGUGGGCGAGGGGGUGCCUAUGUACGCGGAAAUCGGCGAACUGAGCGAAGAGAAGCCGCUCGCAUCGGCGAAUCGUCGACUGCGUCCGAACGCCGAGGGGAAAUUGGUCUACGACUCCGACAGUCUGAAGCGACGCAAGGGCGCACACACCACCUUCGCACCUGGGCCAUACGUAAAGGAAACCGAAAGUGCGCUACACAGUGCAGAAAGUGCAGCGGCGGCAGCAACAUCAUUACAGGAUACAGGAGCUACAACAGGAUCAACAUCAGGAGCAACCACCAAGAGCGCCAAGCUUCUUCUUUUUGGUGGCGGCGGACUAAUCGCUGGCAAUCGUAAGGUGGCCAAUGUGAGGCCCAUUGUGGCUAAAUCCCCGCUUAGCAGGAACAGCAACGGAAUGGCCACCUAUCAGGGAACCAGCUAUCAAGACCAGAAACAACUCCUGGCCAACAGAACGAAUCCCUUUUACGAAACGAUUGCCGCACCCGUGGCCAAUCUGAUGAUGCCCUCGCCAUCGGGCAAGUCGAAUUCAUCCACCGGUUCCACAGCCACCAGUUCCUCCUCGUCAGCAUCGGGCCACUCCGGUGAAGAAGGGUAUCAACGUUUCUCUAAUAUAUAUGAGCAAGUGCAGCCAGCACCGACCACCCAGCCAAAAGAAGACGCAACUGCCACGCCCUUCCAGCGCAAUGCGCCCAUUUACUGGACGCUGCAGAGUCGUCGCAGCCAGCCGAGGCCACAGCCCACUGGUAAUGUGACCUGUCGGGAUGACCUCUAUGCUACGCCCAUUCGAAGGGCCGACCGUUUGCCACGCCCAGUGGCGGCAAAUGAAACUACAGCGGAGGGAAACAGGAGCAACAUAUCCCCAAUCGUGCCAAGGAAUCGUGCCGGAGCCUUCCUAACCUCUACACCUACGAGGAACGGGGAAGGGGAACGAGAUCUAGAAAACACACAACUGCCCCCCAUGAAGCAACCAUCCCGUAACUGGACAGACGAUGCUCCCGAACGCCUCAACACCUGUGCCGAUCGCAUUGGCCAAAGCAAAACCACGCUGAUGGACUUUAAGAAGCUGCUAUUGGCCAAGUCCGCCAAGGCGAGCCCAGUCCAGAGGAAAGUAUCCGCCGUGGAGCUGCUCAAGAAGUCAACUCAAGCCACCCCAAAUCCACCUACUUUGAAAACCUCUGGAGCUGCUCAAAAAGUAACAUCAGCUGGAAGCAAACCCACGAUCAAUACCAGCCUGAAGCUGUUAGAUCUGAGUGGCUCACCCAAGACGUUCGCCAACCGGAGGAUGCUCCGACAGGGUCAAUUUGGAUCGCCCUCCAAGACCUUCGCUCCAAAGAUGCGAGGACCCGUGAACAUGGUGGCAGCGGCAGCGGCACCACCGCGGACGGACAUCAUGUCAACCACGAUUCCGGAGGCGAAUAGCGAAGAGGAUCAAUCCAACACCAGCGGAGGAUCGCGGGCCAGUUCCGAGGCAGGCGAAGCCGUACCCUCCAGCUUCGACCUAAAGCGAAACUUCUUUCUGCAAACAGAGGAAAACAACUUCAUGCGUGGGGAGCUGAAGCCCAGCUUUGCUAGGACAAAUGGAGCACCUGGAGUAGCCAACGUUGAAAGCAACAAGUACGUGGCAGCACCUGUGGCGAACCCUUCGCUGCCCUCAUUCGAAACGGCGUUGUAGAGUGGGUCUAACCCACUGCUGUAGCCAUCGAUAACACAUAUUCCAUAAGAAAAGAACCCAUAAUCAGAUGAGCAAUUCCCUUCCGUAGCCAAGCCGAUACUGCAUUUAUUGACGGACGGAAACGAGUCAGAAGCGAUGCUACUUUAUGCAACAUAUACAUAUAUCACUAUAUAUAUACACAACACCUUUAUACAAUAAACUGUAUUUUUUAAAUUGUGCUGCUUGUAUAAACGAAGAUGUUUUAUACACAAAUACGAAUCGUCUAUACACCUACAAUAUAUUUAUUUGUAAUUUUACGUUAUUUAUUGCAAUUAUGUAUUACGCUACACGCAUUGCUCUUUGUUUUGUAGUACAACUCUUGUACGUCUACGAACUGAUGAGAAUCGCUUAUAAAUUAAAAACAUUGGAUAACAGAUUGGAAA